AUGAAACUUUUUUCAGCAUUUUUGGCAGGUUCCGCCCUUGGACAGGAGCGUUUGCCAGCAGUGCAGACAGCUUGCGCCGCUUUCAGAGACGAGAUCAAAGCGAACAACACCAUAGCUGGUGAUGGAGUUUGGAGCUGUCCAAAAUUGAACAAGAAUUCGAAGAAAACUGCUUGCAAAGCCACUUGCCCGGGGAACAAAAUUGCUGAGUUCAAAAAAGCUUCCUUCAAGGUCAAAUGCGGAAACUCAGAAAAUGGUCCCUCCGGAGGAGUCAUCAAGCAAAAACCAGCCGACGGAACCCUCGGCUGCCACGAAAAUCUGUGCAAUGUCAAUGCUGAAAAUCAGAACGUCGCGAAAGGAAGCCUCUUGCUCCUUGGAAAGAAGAGCAAGGGCGGCAAAGUCACCGAGCGAUACGCGCUCAAGUGCAAGAACGAGAAGAAAAAGCGAAAAGGAACGAUCAUCUGCGAGUCCGACACUGGCGCUUUUUCUUCUGGAAGUCUUCCCGAUUAUCAAACUACCUGUGAGGCCAGCGGAAAGACCUACGAAAAGUACACUUGCGAUUUCAAUCACGCUGACCAAGCAAGCGGUGUUUUGAACGGCAAACUCUUCUUCGAGCGAGUCGAGGGCAAGAAGAAGGACAAGGUUGUCAUCACCGGAACCGUCCAAUCCGAUGACGCCGAGUUCGACGCUGGAGAUCACGGAAUCCACGUCCACGAUGCUCGAUACGUUGUCGCUGGUUCGCCAUUCGACUGGACCGGUGGCGGAGCGGGUCAGUGCAAGGGUGCCAAUGGGCAUUUUUCGCUUGAUGGUCAGAGCCACGGUUUUGCUACCAACAAGCUUCCAAACAGACACACUGGUGAUCUUGGUUCCAUAACCGCUACAGCCGUCCGCCGAAGUGGCCGAACUGCGACUGUCGAUAUUGAAGACACCGUCGUCUCCCUCGAUCCCGCUUCCAACUUGUUUAUCGGAGACCGAACUUUGGUCAUUCACGCUGAUGGAGAUGAUGGAACUGGAACAGUUGGAAAUGCUGGCUCUCGACCAGGUUGCUGCGCCAUCAAGCCCAUCCGAUACAGCUGCACCUUCGACGGCAACGCCGGCGCUGAUGGCGAUGUCGCGAUCACCGGCACUAUCGAUAUCCGAUACGCUGAUGGAAAGGUUGCCUUUUCGGGAUCGCUCGCUGGCGUGCCAGAAGGAAAACACGGCUUCCAUGUUCAUCAAGAAGGGGAUGUGACCAACAGUUGUGGAAACGUUGGCUCGCACUUCCAAGUCGAUGCGGAGAACGAAAUCCAUGGCACUCCUGAUAAGCCACUUGGUCAAAGACACGCUGGUGAUAUUGGAAACCUCGUCGCAGCCGCAGAUGAAACCGCAACCGCCAACUUCAUGGACGCGAUCGUCUCCUUAUCGACACAGACCCAACCUUCAUCGGCGGUCGAUCGAUCGUCAUCCACGCUGAAUGAAUAA